AUGGCGGAACCCGAAUGGAAACAAGGAAUAAUCGUUAAGAUACCAAAGAAGGGCAACAUCGCUGAUUGCAACAACUGGAGAGGCAUCACGCUUCUUUCAAUUCCUGGCAAAAUCUUCACACUUCGCAAUAUCAUCGAACAAAGUGCUGAAUUCCAACGACCACUACAAAUCAAUUUCAUCGAUUUCAAAAAGGCGUUUGACAGUGUACAUAGAGAAUCACUGUGGAAAAUUGUUCGAGCAUACGAUAUUCCUCAACGCUUCCUCGACACCUUGCGCAAUAUUUAUUUGGACUCUAGCUGCUGUGUAAAAAUAGAUACUGGCAAUACAGAAUUCUUCCACAUUGUUACAGGUGUACGUCAAGACUGCAUUAUAUCACCGUUUCUAUUUCUUUUAGUCAUUGACUUUGUCAUGCGUGAAACAAUGAAUGGCUCAGACUUUGGUAUUCAAUGGAACAACAUGUCUCGUUUUACAGACCUAGACUUUGCAGACGAUAUUGUGCUAUUGGCAAACACAGAAGAAAAUUUACAAAAGAUGACAACUGCGUUAGAAACUACAGCCAGCAACGUUGGACUAAGAAUUAAUAGCGAGAAAACCAACACCUUUCGUAGAGUUUUGUCGCAUAUUCUUAUUGUUCAGCGAUAG